AUGGAACAGCUAGAGCAUAAUCUAGCCGCCCUUCGCGAGGAGGUAACCCAAUUGAAAGGCUCUGUGGAGGAAAUUAAGGGAGGAAUGACUCAGAUGCUAAGUUUCAUGAAAGACCUCAUGGACAAACAAGAAAAGGCUAAGGAUGUUCAGAGUCAGUAUGAAGAAAUAUCGAACGAUGCCAACCCGCUGUUAGGAUUUGUUCUAGGCUUUGACCCUCACAAGUCAAAUGCUCACUCCUCUAAGAGAGUUAUCAGAACCCGUGAAGAGGGAGAAGCUUCCCAUGAAGGAUUCAUUCCUACCACCCAGAAAGAGGGAGCACCUCGCACUGUUCGCAUCCCUACUAACAAUCCGCCUAAGGACGAGGACUAUGUGGAUUUGCAAUAUGGGGACGUGGAUGAAACAAAUCAGGGACCCCAGCAUAAGCAAACCCAAUAUGAUUCUGAAGAGAAUGCUAGAAAUAGCGGACAAAUCAAAGCGCUAGAAGAAAGACUGAAAGCAGUAGAAGGAUAUGACGAAGGGGAGACCAAUGCGGUAGUGCAUCAAGAAUCUAGACCUCCUACGUCGUUCCCACCUCAACAAAACAGAUUCCAAGGUCCUCAAAUGAGAUUUGAUCCUUUACCCACUUCCAGAAGCGAGAUACUGAAAUAUUUGAUGAGCGAGUCGUUGGUGGAGCUCAAACCAAUGCCACCUCCUCUCCCCAGAAAGGCUGCACCUAGAUUCAACCCUAAUGAAAGGUGUGAAUAUCAUGCUAAUUCUCCCAGACACACACUGGAAAAAUGUUGGGCUUUUAGACACAAGGUUCAAGACUUGAUAGAGUCAGGAGCAAUCGCCUUCGACAAACCUAAUGUGAAAACGAAUCCCAUGCCUCAUCAUGAUGGCACAGUCAAUGCAAUUGAAGUCGUUACUGAGCAAGAGUUAGUUCAACAACGGAGCUCCCCCAUAGAUGCCCUUAAGAGGUAUCUACUCGCAAAGGGGUUCAUUCUAGAACAUAACGAAGCUUUUAAGGACACCUUGCAGAGACUCGUGGACCAAGAAGUAAUUCAAUUGAAAGAACAUCCUGAGGAAGAGUAUGUGGCUAUGCUAGAUAGGAAUGAGCCAUUGAUAAUACCCAGUCAAGGGGCAAGGAAGCCACUAAUUAUUCCUUGUUCUAAAGCGCCAUUGCUGAUACCCACACAAGGGUACACUAGGAUCAUCCCAGUCAGAGCUCCGUACCCUGUGGACAAAAUGAAAGUAGUUCCUUGGGAAUAUAAUUCUGGCACUGAUACUGCCGUAACAAACAUUGUUGGGCCUGGGGGCAUGACUCGUAGCGGCCGCAUAUUCAAGACUGCACAACCUAAUGAAAACGUGACGCAAGCCAGCAAUCAGACUACUGCAACCCCAACUGAAGAGGGCAUGGCCAAGGAUAAGGAAGCCACUAAUAAGGACGCUGAGGAGUUUUUGGCGUUAAUCAAAAAGAGUGAUUAUAGGAUGGUGGACCAGUUACACCAGACUCCGUCUAAAAUAUCGCUCCUCUCGCUACUAGUACACUCAGAGAAGCAUCGAGACGCCUUGAUGAAAAUCCUAAACGCCGCUCAUGUAACCAAAGACAUCAUUGUAAACCAAUUCGAUGGAAUGGUGGCUAAUCUCACCGCUGGGGCAUGUUUAGGAUUCAGUGAUCAUGAACUACCUCCACAAGGGAAGGAGCAUAACAAAGCCUUGCAUAUCUCCAUACAAUGUGGGAAAGCUCACCUAUCUAGGGUUCUGAUUGAUACAGGUUCGUCAUUAAACGUGAUGCCAAAAGCUACUCUCGAUAAAAUAGCUUUGGAAGGCCUAGUAGUUAGACCAAGUCGUUUGGUAGUCAAAGCCUUCGAUGGAUCACAAAGUCCGGUGUUCGGAGAAGUGGACCUCCCUGUGGUAGUUGGUCCUCACACUUUUUGCAUCAAUUUCCAAGUGAUGGAGAUUGAACCAGCUUACACUUGCUUAUUGGGACGUCCCUGGAUUCACGCCGCUGGGGCAGUUACCUCCACCCUUCAUCAGAAAAUAAAAUUUGUGAAUGGGAACUCUAUAGUGACCGUCAAUGGGGAGGAGGACAUAUUUGUUAGUAAUCUAGAUUCGUACCGAUACAUUGAGGCCGGAGAAAGGACACUAGAAACUGCGUUCCAAGCACUAGAAAUUGCGACUGCUAUCACAUUGCCUUUUCAAAACUGCGAUUUAUCAUAA